UUUGGUCGAAUCCGUGUCAUAUCUACUCAGGUUCAGAAAUCAAUCUGAUAUUGUCUUUUUCAGAGUGAAGUGAUUCAUUGUGUGUGUACAGGGGAGCAGGUGUUGAUAAAAGUAGAAUCAGACAUCCUGACUGACAUUUAAUUUAUGGACGUUCUUCUGCAUAUUCCAGAAAUGUUCAGUUUCUUACGCUGUAGGUCGUUGCUGCCCCCAAUAAAUCCUUUGAAGUGUGCUGAUAUUUACAAGGACAGACUUAAAGGAAAUUUCACAAAAUCCUUUUAGCUAUGGUAAAAUUGAGCCUAAUUUGUGGAAGGAUAUGAGUGCGUUAAGUGGCUAAGAGAUGCGUGCUAUUCUUGUAUAACUUCAAACACUCCUUAAGCCUGACAGGCUUUUUUCUUUUGUUUUCACUGCCAGAGGUAUGAAGAGUUGGCUCUUAACCCUCUCCUCUCUUUUUUCUCCCUCUGUUUCUGUGUCGUUUUUUUUCCUUCCUUUGUAUUGUGUUCCCCCCUAUUCAAUGUCACCCUCUUUGUAAACUCCUCUCUGCAACAGAAACUUCCGGAAACACCUGCGAAUGGUGGGGAGCCGCAGGGUGAAAGUCCAGACGUUCGCCGAGCGCAGAGCCAAGAGUUUCAGCCGCUCCUGGAGUGACCCCACGCCCAUGAAGCCUGACUCUCUGCACGACUCCAGAGACAGUGGGGACCUGCAGGCUUCUUCGGGGACCCUGGAUGAGGUGGUGUGUGAUGACGUGGACUGGGAGGAGGAGGAGGAGAUGGAGAGACAGGCCUGUGAGGGGGACUUCAUCCCACCCAAGAUCAUGUUGAUUUCAUCUAAGGUGCCAAAGGCUGAGUACGUACCCAACAUCAUCCGCAGAGACGAUCCGUCUAUCAUUCCCAUCCUCUAUGAUCACGAGCAUGCCACAUUUGAUGACAUUCUGGAGGAGAUUGAGAAGAAGCUCUCCGCCUACAGGAAAGGCUGUAAGAUCUGGAACAUGCUCAUCUUCUGCCAGGGGGGUCCAGGGCACCUGUACCUCUUGAAGAACAAAGUGGCCACCUUCGCUAAGGUGGAGAAGGAGGAGGACAUGAGCAAUUUCUGGAGGAGGCUGAGUCGGAUGAUGAGCCUACUGAACCCCGAGCCCAACCUCAUCCACAUCAUGGGCUGCUAUGUGCUGGGCAACGCCAACGGAGAGAAGCUUUUCCAUAACCUGAAGAGACUGAUGAGACCAUACACCAUUGAAUUUAAAUCACCACUGGAGCUGUCUGCACAGGGUAAGGAAAUGAUCGAGACGUACUUUGACUUCCGGCUCUUCCGCCUGUGGAAGACGCGCCAGCACUCCAAGCUCCAUGACUACGACGAACUUUUGUGAUGCGUCUGGCUUUGUUUGGCGGAGAGUCUUCUUUGACGAGGCAGCUCGUUGUGGUGUUUUUUGAAGCCCUUUUGGUGGUGGUGACAUUUCCUACCAUGGCUUUCGGGCCGGGGGGCGAAGGAGGAGUCUUUAAGGAGACGCGAACGGCUAACUGGAGGAGUGAACUGCAGUUGGCCUGCUGUCCCCUGAGCUCUGCAGAUGGGAUGGAGAGAAGAGAAGAGAAGGAGAGAGAGAGAGAGAGAAACCGGGAGAAGGACAAAUGGAGGGGUAGAUAGAAAGAGAGACUCUUUAAAGGUGCUAUUUCCCCCCCCCCCUUUAUAUCCAUUUUUACUCUCAACUUCAAGCCUAUAUAGUAGCUGAGUGAGGUAGACAAGGAGAGAGGGAGGAGAGGAGAUAGCAAAGGAAGGCGGAAAGGUUUUUGUCAACCCUUCGUCAAGCUUUUAGACCUGGGUGAAGCAUAGGCUGGAUGGAGAAAAGAUUGUGAGGAAAAUUCGAGAAAAGCACCGAAACGGUGUGCUAGCAGGAGAGGGGAAGAACUGAGAGGGGUCGCUUCACCUCUUCCAGAGCGUAGUUAGACACGGUGACUUUUGUUUUUGAGCAUCUGUGCACCAUUGAAGGGGAAGACUCGCAGUGGCCGAGAAGGCAUUUGUUCUCUGAGUCUCCUCCCUAAGAUUAAGAUGUGUUUAUUUACGUGCUCUUCAGCAGGAAGGAAAAGCCGAUAUUUCAUCUUUCUACACAUAUAUCCCAUAGAGACAUUUUAGACUAUAUAGAUAUCUAUCUUUCUAUCUGUCUGUCUAUCUAUCUA